UUAAAAAACAACAAGGAAAGAGGAAAAAAAGAAGAAGCUCAUGACACUUUCCAAGCACACGUAAGGCAGAUGUUGGGUCGUGGUGUGAAGCGGAAGUGGAGCUGCCUGGAGGAGCUGGAGGUGGAGUCCGUCCCCUCUGCUGUGACGGAGGAGAAGGAGCAGGAUGUGGAGGAUUUGAUGGACGGCGAGAGCGGGCUCCUCGUGGGUCCGUCCAAAUCCGACACGAGCCACCUGCAGCAGCGUCAGCGGGUGCUCGGCCUCUGUUUGGAGAAGCUGCAGCGCUACCAGGCCGGGAUGGAGCUCAGCCUUCGCCGCUCCGUGCUCCUCAUCAACACGCUCAGGCAGAUCCAGGACGACAUGCGGAGCGACGUGGCGGGAACCUGCACCCCGGACGUGCUCCUCAACGGCGCCCACCCUGACUCGUGUAUUCUCAGGGGGGACAUGCAGGUUACGUGCCCCGGGUGCGCAGAGGAGAGCGAGGACGGGGAAAGCCUCUCUCCGCCUCUGUCCCCAGAACUAUCUUCUCAGGAGGCAAACACCUCGCCUGACCAGCAGAAACCACUUCCUGCCGCGACAAUCAACACUUUUAGCGAUGCAGUAAACGCCAUGGGCUACCUCAGCGACCUCGCCCUGGACGACAUCUUUGAGGACAUUGACACGUCCAUGUACGAGACGUCGUCGGACUUGCCCUCGGCCUGGGCGACGGGCUCCCUGUGGCCAAUCAGUGUGUCGCUCUGGGCGGACGAGGACGUUAAAAUGCGCUCGGCCGGUCACAACUCCGCCGGGAGUCUCCAGUCGUGUUUGAUGGACCUGAAUGAGCUGGACCACAUCAUGGAGAUUUUAGUAAAGUCCUGAUCCUCAACAUGAACUCCUGAAUAUUGACUGUUGUGAUUCGAGGAUUGGGGGGCGAACUUUUAGCGUGACUUUGGAUUUUUAAAAAAAGGCUCCAUCUGACAUUUUGGUUGAAAAAUAUGUUUUAAGCCUCAGUUAGUCCCAAAUUCUGAUGCAUGUAACUCAUUUAAAAUCAUGAGUUAUAAACACGAGCUACUUUCUAUAAUUAGAUAUCAAACGUUUAUGAUUGUAUAUAAAAGAAUCCAGUUUAAUAUCCCAUAUAAAACACUAAGAGGCCGAGCUUCCUGCACGUGUUUUAAAGGCUCAGAGCAGCUUGUGUUUUGAGUAAUGAGUGAUCAAUCUGUAGUAAAAGUAAAGGAGUCAGGUUGGGACAAAGUUAGUAUAUUGCAACACGUG